GUUCAGCCGUAAUAGCGCGCCGCGGAGCAGCAGCAGAAGCUCAGUGGAGGUCUUCCUUCGGAUCCGUCUGGCCAAUGUUUGCCCGUUUCAUGUCGUAUCGAACUGCUUUGGUUCGGAGUAAUUCUGACCGGGAAGGGAGGACUGUGGCGCGAUGUCGGCUCUGAGGGAGAAUCAGUGUUACGGACUGUCCAGCGGUAAACUGAAUCCCGGCGGUACCGUCUCUGUUUUUCACGUAAAACUCACUGACAGCGCGGCAAGAGCCAUCGGUACCUUCCAAAACGGCAAGAGCUGGUCUUCCUGUCCGACCAUCACUUUCAGUGGUAACCAAGGGAGAAUUGCAAUCCCCUGCUCAGAAAAUGGAGAUGAAGUGCGGAUCUUCACCUUUGGAGUGAGCAGCGUCGCUCGCAACAGCCCGCAUGGAAGCUUUGACUGCGUCAAACAGCACAGCACAGGUGCUGCUGAGGAGCUGUCAUGUCUUGGGGUGAUUCAGAAGAAGAUGACAGUCAACGCCACGGAUGACUCGUACGAUAAGGCUCGUCAGAGCCUGGCCCAGGCCGAGGAGGAGACGCGCAGCCGAGGAGCUAUUGUCAUCAAGAACGGAGCACGCUACCAGGGCAAGAAGGUGACUGUGCGGGCUCCGGCUCCUGCACUGGCCAAGCUGACCAAGCCCAAACACUCGUCUCAUUCCCUCCUCGACAACAUUAAGAGGGGGGUCAACAUGACGAGGCUGAAGAAGGGUCCCUGUACGGUGAGCAGGAAAAGUGUGGGUGACGUUGGAGACCGACCCCUCAGAGAGAGAGUAAUGCACCUGCUGGCUCUGAGGCCGUACAAGCGGCCCGAGCUGAUCCUGAGGCUGCAAAAAGACGGACUUACAGAUGGAGACAAAGAUGUGCUGGACUCAGUUAUGGCGGAGGUGGGACAGCUCAGUAACAGAGACAGCACAUUUGUUCUGAAGGACGGUCUCUAUAAGGAGCUGCAGAAGGACUGGCCAGGCUACACCUUAGGGGACCAGCAGCUUCUUAAACGCAUCCUUGUCAGGAGACUUUUCCAACCACAGCAGGGCCUCCUCACCAUCCCUGAGGCCCAGGUCAGCCCACUUCGAGAGACCCCCAACUCUUCACCAGCACACCGCCCAAAACACUCCCUACUUGAUGAAUACGGCGAGCCUCUGGCCAGCAAAAAGCCCAGAAUAUCCCACUUAACAAUCAAAUCAACAAGUGAGAAUUUCAGACAGCAGUCAGCUAAACAAGAAGCUGAGAAAGGCACAGAAGCAACAGCAGAAGACGGACAAAAUAACCUGCUUGACCCUAAAAGACUAUUUGACUCGCUGUCAGCAGUUUGUCAACAGGAAGCAGAAGUGGCUAAAAGGCUGGAGCCAACGGAUUCUCCUCAAGAGGAACCUAAAGACCCAGAAAAGCAACAGAAACCCAACUCGCCCCCAGAUCACCCCACUUUGCCUCUAGUAGCGCCCGAUCUGAGCAGACACACAGUGAAAAAGAAGAAGAGCAAACACAAGGAUCAGGAGAAAGAUGGAUGGAGAGACAAAAAGGAAAGAAGAAAAGAUAAAGUUUGCAGUUCAGAAUAUUCAUAUAAUGAAGUACCUUUGGAAUGCACAGAAACGAGUAAACUACUGUUUGACUCCAAUGUACCUCAAGUCGACACCGACACAGCAGAAUAUUUAUCGACGUACACGGUGAUUUCCAGCCAAAACCAGAGACAGAGUUACAAACAGGACUUUAAUAAAGAGUACAACGAGUACAGAGAUUUACACGCUCGCAUCGACAGCGUCACGCAGCAGUUCAUGGAGCUGGACACUCAACUCAAGCAACUUCACCACGAGUCGCAUAAAUACAAGACAGUUCGGAAUAAAAUCCUGCAAGAGUACCGCAAAAUUAAAAAGUCCAAUCCCAACUACGAUCAGGACAAAGUUCGCUGUGAAUAUCUGCACAACAAGCUGGCCCACAUCAAGAAGCUCAUAUCAGACUUCGACCACCAGCAGCAGCUCACUGUGGAUCACUCCUGUCCCAAAUGAGGAGUCGGCUGGAGAGAAUUCAGCGAGUACAAACAGAAAGAUCCUGAGGCUGCUGAGUGAAGAAAAGUGAAAUAUUUUCUUAGAAAAUGGGAAAUUUCCUAUAAAAUGCUCCUACACCAAGCUUGAGGACAUUUGCACGAACAUGCCACAGACCCAAGGAUUCGCAACAGUUCUGUUAAUGUAGUUAAAACUGGAAACAGGUGUGGAGAUGAGCUGCUAAGCCCAAAAUCAUUUAGUAGAUCCCCAUCUCUUUAGUUGUGAAGUAUUGCUUGUAUGUUCCAGUUGCCAGGUUAACAUUCAAGUUAUAACCUGAGAAUACCGCAUGCUGUACAUAUCCAGGAAGAUCGUAUGACUUGUCAGGUGAGGGUUUGUUUUCUGUCCUUCAGUAUUAUUUAAGCCGGGUGAGCUCCUCAGAGGUGUUGGCUGUUCAUCAGGUCGGGUUCGAAUAAUUUAUAAAUACAAUUCUACCCCUUUUUUUUUUAUCACUGGUCUUAUCCUUCUGGUGGUUCCCGCGUUGUAACUUAAAAACUGUUUUAUUGAAAACGUCCACAGGGAAAGUACUAUAUAACAUUUGCUGAAAGUGUAAAUUAUAUUUGGUUAAAACUGUCAGAAUGUACAGAGCCAUUGAUACUGUAAGCUGAGAGGAUUUGGAGAACAAAAAACACUGAAAUGUGAAAAAAUGCAUGAUGUGUACUUUACAGACUGCAUGAUGAAUAAAACUGAAGUUAUCGUUGAAGUUUCUAAUAAAUAAUUUUGUAUUAA